AAACGCAUGCGCUUUCGCUCCCAAGUAUCUGUCACUUUCGUGUUUCAGUUCUGUGGUCUCUCUCGGUGAAUUUUCUUGAUUUCGGAAUGGAAAAUCAGCAGAUUCAGUCACAUUCAGUACUGUCAGUUGAAUUCGGAAGUGAAUUACAUCACAAUUGACUCAAUUGAGUUCAUUCCUGAGUCCUGACACAGUAUUCUGCCUGACAGUUCCCAACUAUAAACAAAAACAACACGAUUAUAGAAAAUUAGAAAACAAACUUUUUUCAUAAAAGAUGCAUACAGAUCUAUCAGCUCAUUUACAUAGCGAAGGUUGCAAUGAGUUAAUACGAAUGUUGAAUCAGUGCCAUCAAGAGAAUCCUCUUCUGAGAUUUUUUGGUAAAUGUAAUUCAGAAGAUCAUCAAAUGGUAAAAUGUUUGAAAGAAGAGAGACUACUCAGAAGAAAACAAAAUUACCAAAAAUCCCUAGAAACUAAGGAGAAGCUUCAAAGGUUAUUUAGGGAGCAGAAACAGAAAGAUGCAAGUUUAUAGUAGUUAAACAUGAUCUCAACUCUGAGGUUGCUAAGAAGUGUUGACUAAUUACAUAUAGAAAUAAAAGGGAUAAUUAUUUGUGGUUUUUUUGAAGUAUUACAUAUUCAGUCAUAACAGGAAUUUUGAUAGGUAUCUUUGACACAAUGUCUAAUUGUCUACAACAUAAUGCAAGCUGUUCUCCAGAAAGGGUACCUACUGACAAUGCUGAUGAUUGUAAAUGAGAGUCUCCUAAAUUAUUUUUGCUACUGCAAUAAAUAUACCUCUAUAUCAA